CGCUAGACGAACAAAAUGGAAGGAAUUCUAUCCAAAACGCAACAAUUGCUGUACAAUUAUCUCGAAAACCUAGGCCAUUCAAUAACCAUUAAAAUGUUGGAUAAAAAUCUGUGCCAAAUGGGUGAUAUGCUCGUCAAGAGCAAAACGGACAGUGAAUUGCUGCUGGACGAGCAAGCCCUGAUAGCGGCUAGCAAACUGUGGCCACUUCCUAUAUCUGCCAUUGCGAGCUGCGGCAACAGUGCCAACAUUUGGUUAGAUCGCACCACUGCCUUCCGCACCGCUCUUUCACUGAAGGAGUGGAACGGCAGCAAUCGAUCAAUGAACGGGGCAAAAGUUUACGUCGAGCAACCAACCGUCAACGAAUACAACACCAUUUCGAUGACGGAAUUCCGUGCCAACAUCUUGCGAAGUACCAUCAAGAAAUGUUUCCUUUAUGGUGGCUAUAGCCUUAUCGAAAAGACGGAUCUGCUUGACAACGAUGUUCCUUCCGACGUGAUGCACGUGAAGGUCGUUUAUCAAAGAAGCAAGCCUAGUCCCGAAUCACAGAUGGAAGUUCUAUGCGGAGUUGUGCUAACCGGAUCGGAAACACAGAAUGCGGCACAGUACAUACAGCUGCGAGCAAAUGAUAUGCAUCUGACAGCGUUACAUCGGUACGGUUUGCGUAUGCCGGACACCAGCAAGCUAUGGGAGCUUGUUUCGAGCCUGGGACGUUCGGCAGCGAUCGUCGAUAUGUUGCAGUCCAAGCACACCAACGUGAUUGAUAUGAGAACACAGCGGGAAUUGAUGCGCAACCAUUGCACAUCGAAAGGGGCUUCCUUCAUCCUGUACAACUAUGCACGGUUGGCAACGAUUCUCAGAAAACAUGCCAAACUUGUGCAAAACGGCCAAGCACUGGACAUUCCCCCGGUGUAUGAGAUUGACUUUUCGUUGCUAACCGAGCCGGAAGAAUGGCAGCUACUGUACGCGUAUUUAUUGCGUUUCCCGGACACAGUACGACUUACGACCGGAUAUGGAAAGUCACCACAAAUAGCUCCGUACCACAUGCUCAACUUUACCCUGUGUAUGAUCAAGUGCCUCAGCAAGUACUAUCGUAGAGUAAGAAUUUUGACCGAUGCAAGACCCAAACUGCAACCCAUAAUGUCUGCUAGGUUGUGCUUAAUUAGUGCAGUUUUCGAUAUGCUAAAGGUGAUACUGGACAUAUUCGAUAUGGAACCGGUUGAAGAAAUGUAG